AUGAAAGUGGCAUUCGUGCUUCUGGUAAUGGUCGUCUAUGCCCAUGGCGGAAAGCAGAAACAACGCGACUUUAUGAUGUACAGGUAUAAACCAAUGGAUGGAUACAUGCCACCACUAGAACCAAUUUCUUUUAUACCAGAUAAGAUGACUUGUGCAUUACACUGUCUGGAUGAUGUCACUUGUGGUUCGUUAUCCUAUUCCAAUGUUACAGAAAUGUGUCAACUAUCAGAUGAAAUAUGGACGUAUAAGGAAAUCUCUAUUGCACAUUUCAAUGGUCAUUUUUACCACUAUAACCUGUAUGAAAUGCUCCAGAAGAACACCAUCAGUUUACCACAUGGUUACAGAUGGCAUCCCGAUUUGGGAGUAGCUCUAAGAUACCAUUUCCUAAGACGAUUGAAUAGUUCCAAUGCUGAAGAUUAUUGUAAUGGAGAAGGGGGCAGCUUAGUGUCUAUUGAUAUGCAGAAUAAAACAGACACUAUACAGAAUGCACUAACAAACAAUCGUAAAUUGAUGAGAGAAGAUCUACCGUUUAUGGUCAAGUUGACGAAUCAAACAGAAUCCGAAGAAGUUGUUGAUGGUAGUGGGGAUUGUAGAGCUAUAAACAAGCUUGGUACUAACUACACAUUUACAGCUUUACCGUGUGAUUACAAAAUACCUUAUAUCUGUGAGAUUACUGCAUCUACUUUGGGUAUUUCAACCUUUGGUUUUUUACCCUGA